AGAGAGAGCGGGCGCGCACUUUAGGACCCGGCGUUUCCAGCGUGGCUCUCGAGCGCGAGCAUUUUGCGCGCUCCCAGCUCUCGCAGGCGGCUACUGCUUACAGGUGGGCUCUUUGGAAAAAGCGAGCCGGUUGGUGAGCAGUAGUGUGAACGCAACUACUCUAAACUGAAGCAAGGAGCUGAAACAGCCGUGCACCAGUUGCGUCCGUGCGCAUAUAUUCACUAGAUUCUCCUGUGCGCUCCUCAAUCCUCAGCAGGGAUUGAUCAGAAAUGAACAGCCGAUAUUUUCGCUCCUUGGGACUCUUGCUCUACCUGAUGUUAAAUGGAGCCUGGCAGACAAGGUCAAAAUCAGAUGUGUCUGGUUCCGAGGCUUUCAAAAACAACAUCACACUAUUCACAAGGAUCCUGGACCGAUUGUUGGAUGGCUAUGAUAACAGGUUGAGACCAGGUCUUGGAGAUCGGGUGACAGAGGUGAAGACUGAUAUUUAUGUAACAAGUUUUGGACCAGUAUCAGAUGCAGACAUGGAGUACACAGUGGAUGUGUUCUUCCGCCAGCGCUGGACAGAUGAGCGACUGAAGUUCCAUGGGCCAAUGAAUAUCCUGCGACUCAAUAAUCUGAUGGCUAGUAAGAUCUGGACCCCCGAUACCUUCUUCCACAAUGGCAAGAAAUCUGUGGCUCACAACAUGACCAUGCCAAACAAAUUACUGCGGAUCAUGGAGAAUGGGACACUACUUUACACCAUGAGGCUUACGGUGCAAGCUGAAUGUCCAAUGCAUCUGGAGGACUUCCCCAUGGACUCCCAUUCAUGUCCACUGAAGUUUGGCAGCUAUGCAUAUACUCUGACAGAGGUAACCUAUGUUUGGACACGGAAUGCCACUCUUUCAGUGGAGGUGGCUCCAGAUGGAUCAAGGCUAAACCAGUAUGACUUGAGAGGCCAAACCGGUGGCAAAGAAACGAUUAAAUCCAGCACUGGGGAAUAUACAGUAAUGACAGUUCAUUUCCAUCUGAAGAGGAAGAUUGGAUACUUUGUGAUCCAAACUUACUUGCCCUGCAUCAUGACUGUCAUUCUUUCCCAGGUGUCCUUUUGGCUUAACCGUGAAUCAGUACCCGCUCGAACAGUUUUUGGUGUAACUACAGUACUCACUAUGACCACUCUGAGUAUUAGUGCUCGUAACUCAUUGCCCAAAGUUGCCUAUGCCACAGCAAUGGACUGGUUCAUUGCUGUGUGCUAUGCCUUUGUUUUCUCUGCCCUUAUUGAGUUUGCGACAGUCAACUACUUCACCAAACGAGGCUGGGCCUGGGAUGGCAAGAGCAUUCUCAAUGACAAGAAAAAAGAGGGAUCUGUUAUGAAAAAGAACAACGCUUAUGCAGUAGCUGUGGCAAACUAUGCUCCCCACAUCGGUAAGGAUUCAGCUUUGCCCACCGUUUCCAAAAGCGCCACAUCAGAGCCCAUAAAAGCUCAACCUGUGGCUAAAGAGAGCAGGAAGACCUUCAACAGCGUGAGCAAGAUCGACCGCAUGUCCCGCAUUAUCUUCCCCGUGCUUUUUGGUAGCUUCAACCUGGUCUACUGGGCUACAUAUCUCAACAGAGAGCCUGUCAUUAAGAACAUGGUUCCCUCUCACUGACAAGUCUAUAAAAUAUGAAUGUACACAUCACACCCACAUCACACAUACACAUUUACACAGACAGGCAUAUUCAAAUAUUGCUUGGCAUUUGUACGUGUUUCGUAUUGUGUCAUGCUUGGGAUUUUGUCUUACAAUUGAGGGUAUAUAAUAUGUUUUUUGUUUUGAAACAGAUUUUUACUGCCUUUUUUUAAAUUCUGUAUAUACUGUUGGUUAAAAUUAUUGGACAAUGAUUAACCAUUUUCCUUAUUAUUGUCAAUAUUUUUUCCUAUUUUUUUAUUAUAAGAAUUUCCUUCUAAUGUAAUAGUAUCUAUACCCUUUUACACCUUUUAUCUCUUAGUACCAAUCAAAUAUAUGGAUUUUCUUUCCCUGUAUUUAAAAAUCCCACAGUACUGGAUGAGACAGUAGGAUGAGAAUGCUUAUGUUCCCAUGCAAUUGACUUAAUGUUGUUAGGAGGAAGGAAGAAACCUGCCAUCCUUUCCUCUCAGUAAAAGCACUGCCAAUUAUAUCCUUAAGUGCCAAGGAUGGCACAAGGCACAGCUGGGACAUUAAUAUUCGAUGUGGUUUUGUGCAGUCAUUUUUAGAGUAAUUUAUCUCUCCAUUACUCGAAUGUGGCGUUAAAAAGAAAACAGCUCGUCACUCAGCACAGUCUCAGUCCUUUGCCACUUAGAUGCACUUAAUGCAAAUAACGUAUUUCAAAUGCUUUCCGAAUGAACUUCCAUGUACAUUUAAAGAUAGAUACAAUUGUGAAUACAAAUAUGGCCAGUCACUUUAUCAUUUCUGGCUCUCCAUGUAGCAUUUUCAAACAAAAAGUGGAACUUGAUAUAUUUUUUAAUUUGUUUUUGACACUGAAAUGCGCUUCUGACUUUGUUCCCUUAGACAAGGUAAAACAUUUUAUUUUUCUAUUAAAACUAUGAAUCAAAUGUUUGUCCUAAUCCACGAAUAUUUACUGUAUCAUUUUCUGAAAAGCAUUAAUACGAUUAAAUCACCAACUAUUAUUGUAUCCCAUAUAUGUAAAUAUAUUUUGUUUACAAAUGCUCACUGUGAAUUGUGAACAGUAUAGUGAAAUUUGCACAUUUCUCUUCAUAGUCACUUUCAACACAGUACAGCUAACAGAUGUUUUACAGUGCUGAGCAAGUGUUAUAGAAUUGUGCUUAAUUCUAUAACUCGGCCUGUUGGAGUUGUAGCUAGCUGACUGUGGUAUACAUGUAGCAAAAGCUUUCAUUGUUGAAUGGUUACUAUUUUCAGAAAAUGACUUGUAUAACUUGAAGGAUACAUGAAAAUAUAAUGAUGGCUAAUAAUACUGUAAAUCUGUCUUCAUUUAUUUAUUUUUGAGUUGGGUAGGAAAGAAAAUGGUGUAUUUAUUGCCACUGAAAUGGUAUGAAUAAUAAUAGUAGAGAUAGUAUCAGAUGUAUCAUCAUAUUUGGCUAAAUACCUCCUAGGAGAUUUGCAGGUCUGAUGAACCUGACAAGAACACUCCUACACAGAUAUUGUUUCUCUUUCUGCCAGGAUCUUUCGUGCAACCUGUUUUUGGCACGUUUAAUCAGCCUUAUUUUCUCUGUUGUUUUCAGUAAAAGGUCUCUCUGCAGCAGUAAAGGUGUAUGAAUGAACUCCUGCAGCCUCAGUUACAGCACCUUUCUUUGAACCCUUUCUGUCUCCUAGCUUCAGGGAGUGCAGGAGAGUGUUUACAUGGGAAACCUAAUUCACUUCUCUGUGUGUGCUGUGUUUGUGCUGUGGUGUUUGUGUUGUUGGGACUUGGGGUGGGGAAGAUUACUUUCAAUCUGCCAGAAUGAUUUUUCAACAACAGUAUUAAAAAAAAUCUAAACAAUG